AAGACAAGCCUAGUCUGUAGAGACUCAUCUGCUACUCCCAGCAAAAGAAGCCAGGGGAGAGACAUCCAGCUGGGAGGAUACUCUCGGGAGGAGAUGCAGAACCAACAUGACAGAAAGGCAAGUAGGAACAGAGACAAGUUCACUGAACAAGAAAAUCGAAGCAGAAUUAACCACUCAAAGAGAAGUGUUGGAAGGCAUGAGGUGCCGUCCUGGACAACAGCUACCAAGAAAUCCUUGUGUCUCAUGUGGCAAAAAGUGAAAGUGCAACUAAUGCUAAGCAUGUCUUUCCUCGUUGCUGUUUUUUGGUAUUGCAGAAGGCUAUACAAGUUUUUAGCACAGCUACUGAAACGGUGGAGUAACUACCUUCGGAGAAAACUCAUAAGGAACCUCAGUGUGCUGACAGAGGUUGAUCUACUUGGUUACAGUGCAAGAGAAUGGAAAGGAGAAACAAAGCAGGCCAAACUCAUGAGGGAGGCAUACGAAGAUUUGUUUUGGAACUAUCAUAUCAAAUACCUGCGACAGGUCAGGAGGGACAACUAUUGUGUACUAAGAGCAGUGCUUUUUCAGCUAUUCAGCCAAGGCAUUCCUUUUCCAUCAUGGAUGAAGGAUAGAGAUAUACUAAAGCUCCCUGAAAAGCUUUUGUAUUCUCAAGGUUGCAACUGGAUUCAGCAGUACAGUUUUGGGCCAGAAAGAUACACAGGUCCCAAUGCUUUUGGUAAAUUGCGCAAAUGUAUGGAGACAUUAAAGACCAAUUGGACAGAAAUAAGUACUACUAAGGAUCAUGAAGAAAGAGGGAACAUGUGUAAUACACUCUUUUCUGAUGAGACCAAAGAGCACAAAAUGUAUGAGGCCAUAAAAUUCAUCAUGCUGUAUGAAGUUGUCGAAGCCUAUGAACAGAUAAAGAACAGGGAAGAACCCAUACCCAACCUUUUUAGCCGUCUUCUUGCUCGUGAUUCUUCAUCUGACCCUUUGAGUUUCAUGAUGAAUCAUCUGAACUCCAUAGGUGACUCUGUUUGCCUAGACCAGGUUGAACUGCUUCUUCUUGGAUACUUACUUGAAGUAAAGAUAAGAGUUUACAGACUGCAUAGGUUUAACACUGAGGAAUUUCAAGUAAACUAUCCAGAUGAAUACCGAAGGGAAUGGAAUGAGAUUUCUCUCCUGACAGAGGAUGACCAUUACUAUCACAUCCCCCUUUUCAGAACAUGAAGGAGCAAAGACCUCUUUUUUUUCCUUUGUAUAAUAUAGUGAGUGACCAGUUCUAGUGAAUUACAUUUCUAAUUGGCAGCAGUAAGAUUUUGAGAAUGCUUGUUAAUGAUUACAGAAUGAUUUAUGGAUUUAUUGUGUAGAUGUUUUGCUUUCCCAUUACAGAUCAAUUCACCACCAGUUAGCCAUAAAAAACCAAAAUAUUUUGCCAUACUGUCUGAGGGAAAAGCAUCAUAUUUGAUGGUUGUCAGACAAAAGAGAUUGGACUGCAUGGCAAAAAAGGCAAAGGCAAAGCUGUGUUUUGCAUUGCUAGUCUUAAGAGUUUGCUCUGACAUCUCUGGAUAGGCUAAACUCGUUCCUAUAGCAAUUACUGCCUUUACCUUGUCUAUCUCUAGCUAGGGAGGAUGUAUCACAGAGGAAGCAGCCCCUUGGGGUGCCGCAGUUUAUACUCCAGGCAAUUAAACUUGCACUGAGUUGGGGCUGCCCAUGAUGGAAGGAUGUAAACUGAGGCUUCUGCAUAGAUGCUUCAAAUCACAAGUAUCUUCCCCUGUUGCUGGAAUGCUUCCCUCCAGAGAUGGGCAGAGCAAUGGGCUGCAGGCUGUACUUACCUCAGACACAUGAAAUUUAGCUGUCUGCACUCAGCGCUGGUAUCUGAAGGAGAUACCAGGGGAAAAAAACCCCAAACACACACAUACACACAAAAGAACACUUUGCCAGAUGAACAGAAUAUCUACCCGACAACCAAGAAAGGUACACAGGUUUUCCAAAACCUAAAAAGAGCAACAUUAAUUAGUAAGUAACAUGCAAGUGGAGUUUGACUUGAUAGUUAUCAGUGGAUUUUGUCAACUUGUAAAUCCUUUAGGGGCUGAUUUCAACAUUACCUGCCAAGCGAUACAAGAUUUCUUUUGCAAUUCAUCUGAGAAAGCUGUGCACAGAAUACAUUCACAAACACUGCCUUUUCAGAAAAUAUUAGUUUUCUAUGCAUUGUGAACGUUUGGCAGUGCAUGUACAUGUUAUAUCCUCUGUGUAUAUAUUAAAAUCUUUACGUAUGAUUGCUAUCUUUAGUUUAGACCUCAGUGUCUGAAGAAGUCUAUCUGGGAUAGCUCAAUGAGAUUUAGUUUAUUAAAUGAAACAUUUUGCCUGGUUCUAUUUUCUAAAAGAAUCAAUUGUAUUUUCAUUCUUUCUAAAAUGAAGGGCCUUAAUUUGAACAAAGAAUUGGAAGGAUGUAGCAGUUCUUACAAAAUAUUUAUGAAAAGCUAAGUUUACAAUCCCAUAAGCAUACAGUAGUAUUGAAAAAAAAAAAGGGUUUUAUUAAGAAACAAAGCCUUUCCUUAUGCUAGACACAUGUGAACAGGCAGGUUUGGUUUUAACCCGUGCAGCAGAAAAUACAAGCCCAUAUCAAAAAUGUGAACAGAGCCUGCAGGAGCUAAAGCAGUUGCAUGAGGUAACUAAAUGGCAAUGCUUGGAGGGCAUAGAGACUGCUUGGUUCCUUUGUGUAAAGGAAAGAAAUUUUAUUCAUUAUUGUCCUUUUGUUUGUAUGUUUAUGUAUAUAUAUUUAUAAAUACAAACACCUGAGUUCUGUAAUAUAACAGUUUUGUUUCCUGAAAGUUCUUUAGUUCAGUUUUGUUCAGUAAUUUGUAGCUUUUAAUUAAGGCUUGAUAUCUGUAAUAAUUUCAUCUCAUCAAAACCUGCAUAUCAGAUACUUAUUUAUUAAAAGGUACUUUUCUUCACUGAAUGAAAUAACUUACCUACUUCAGAUUUGGUUCUGCUCUGCAUGGGGAAAUGUUAUAAUGUUUGAGAGUAGGGUAUUGCUAUCUAUUUUGCAUCAACAGUAACAUUUACUACUACCAGUAAACUUGUCUAUAUUUUAUUCUUGUUUUGGUACAAGCAGACAUACUAAAAGAAUGACAUAUUUUUAUAGAGGGCUUUUUAAUAGUCGGCAUAUUAUCUAUGAAUAGGAAUACAAAAGCAAUACAGCUGAUAGUGUGAAAUUUUCAAAAUGUAAAUUUUUGUAAUCUUGAGCAUAUUAAUAGAAGGGGGUUAAUAAAGAUCCAACACAGGCAGUGGAAUUUCUCUCACCACUUUGGAUGUUGGCAUUAAUCUCUUGUUUAGAUGGAUCAAGUUAGGUAAUAUUCAUUUUGUCCCAGAUAUCCAGAAAGGAUGUGUUGAAACAGAUCUGCUGGCUUAUCAGAUGUCAGGAGAUACUAACUGAAUGGUAACAGGAACAAAAAUGGGAUGUGAAGAAAGAGGAACUUCCAAUGAAGAUAAUUGCAAGUCUCAGAGAUAAAUGCAGAGAGACGUCUACACAGGAUCUUAAGAAACUGAGAUAAGUUUGGGGCUGCACUGAGUUUCAAUCAGGUUCUUGAAUAAUAUGUUUUACAUAUGUAUAAAGCAAAAAUAUUCUUUAACAUAUGAAGAAAUCUAUGUAUAUACAUAGAUACAUGUAUAUGUAUAUAAAAAAGAAAAAUACAUUAUAAAAGAAAAUAAUCCUGAGGUGCAUCUGAAACUAACUGGUACUAAGGAAGUGACAGGUGCUGCAGCAACUUUUCCAAUGACUGGCACAGACAAGCUUGCUGUACAAAUCCAGAAGGACAUUGUUACCAAUUUUUUGGUUAAAUGAAGUGUUGUAGGCAGCUAAAGUUUCAAGUCAGGAUGUGUUUAUUAUUUAUUGCUGCUAGUUUAGCAAGAAAAAGAAAGCAUACUGAAACCUCAGCAUAGGGUUUGGAUUUUUCCCAAAACUUCAAAAUGUGUGUUAAGAAUGUAACAGAGCUGCUGAAGAAAUUUCUAUCUAUUAUAACGGGGGAAAAAAUGCCAUGUUUUUUAAUGUAAUAUUUUUAAAAAAUUAUGUCUCACAUGUAUGAACCACAGUCCAUUUUCCAUUUUAACUCCAAAACAAAAUACAGGCAAUAUUGAGUCUUCUGCCCUGCUACUGAAUUUGCUUUUUGACUAGCUUCUGGCUACUAAGUUGAAGUGAAUUAAAAAUUGCCCAGCGUAGUUGUUUGCUGACAAGUCUACCUGCUUAGUCUCAGGGUAUUGAGCUUCAUGUCUAGGUGAUAGGUGUAAGAAGCAGUUUGUAAUUUGCCUAAAGCACAGAUUUAAGAAAUAUGUAUGAUUUCAAAUUAGUUUAGCUGUUCAGAAAAAUAAAGAUACGUCUAUUCUUUUCAAAAGACAGAAAAUUCUUAUAAAGGAUUGGGGUUUCUUUGCCAGUAGCUGGAUCUCCUUGUCCGUCUGUACUUCAGCAGUAUUAGGGCAGCUUCACUCAUGACCCUGUUAUUUUAGUGCCACUACAGCACUAGUGCUUUCUGGAGUCUUCAUUUUUCUGAAAAUCUCAUGAUUCUAAAGUGGUCAAUUUGGGAUUUCGGUGCCACAGAAGCCCCAGUCCUUUGCUCUUGGCUUGUGAGAGUUUUGGGGUGCUUGAAGUCCUCUCUGGGAGAAGAUAAACUCCUUUCUGGGCCUGGCUUCAUGAGAGGGCAGGAUAUGGGUCUUUGAGGAUCCCUUGAAAUCAUUUGGGAGAUGAUUGGACUCGAUGAUCCAACAGGUCUUUUCCAACCUGGUGAUUCUAUGAUUCUAUGAGCCUGGUGUGGCAGCUGGGACUGGAAGGGUGAUGCUACCUUACUAAGUGGCACUCAUUCUUGCUUACAACAUCCUUUGUGGUGUUAGUCCAAACCAGAUAUUGGCCAGGGAACAGGCAGCGUUGCAGAGGCUUUUUCAGAGAUUUUCUGAAACAUUCUAAGGGAACCGACACACCCUAGAGACAGGAGGUGAUGGACCUGGCAGGGACAACAGAUAAAUGGAGAAAACUGGGGCUUGGUUGAUUUGCAUCUCUUUUCAUGAAGCUUUGUGUCAGGUUUGCAUCAGCCAGGGCUAGCGGGUGAGGAGGAUGGCUGGAGCACUGCUGGGACUGGCAGCACAAGCUUGUGCAUGCUGGUCAAUGAGGGCGGGAGGGAUAAAUAGAAAACAUGAAAGAAGCAGGAUGGGUACUGGAUGCUUUCAUAUCAGCAUCUUCCAAUUUUGCAUAAUUCAAAGGUUAAUUCCUUGGAAGGACAUUUAACCCAAACAUCUUCCUCUUUAGUGAAGCAUUUGGCCGUAGAUCAACUCUUUAUUGAAAUGUAGAGGCAACUAAUUUGAAUGCAUUUGUGCAAGUUUGUGUGUAGCAACUGCUGAAGUCAAUAGCAUAUACAGCAGCUAAUAAAUCCUUGCAUCCGUUAAGCAAAAGCUCUCACGUUCAGCUGAAUGUUUCUGAAUGGUAGUAAUUGUCAAGAUUUGUGAUACACUGCAUCUUACGAAUUUUGGAAAUGAUCAGCCUUUGAGUUUCAGAUGACAAGUACGGUGUUUAGCUCAGAAGGAUUUCAUAUUCUUUUUACCUACCCAGUAGAUAGCUUGCAAGCAUCAGAAAAUGUAUUUUGAUAAGCUCAGUUCUCCUACUGACUCUUUGUCACACUCGCCCAGGUGAUAGUGGUGGGUUGGCCCUGUCCAACAGCCAAACACUUGCACAUUCCCUCCCAGCCCAGCAACACAGGGCAGAAAAUGGGAAGAACAGGAGCAAGAAAGCUUUCAGGCCAAGAUAAAGACAGGAAAAUCACUUAUCACGUACUGUCAUGGGCAAAACAGCCUCAGCUUGGGGAAUUUAACUUAAUGUGUUGCCAAUUAGCAUAAAUGCUUAAUUAUUGACUAGGAUAUUGGGAAACAAAAAAAAGAAAAAUACUAAAACACUUAGAGAAAAAACACCCCUCCUCCUUUCUCAGGCUCAGCUUUGCUCCAGUCUCCUCUCCUCCCCCUUGUUAUCACCAGAGGACAUAUUCAGUCACAUCAGUGAAGCAACAAGCAGCACAUCAGGAUUGUGGUCAAGAUGUCUUAAUUUCCCUCUGUCUCUCUUUGUUUCUCACUCCUUUCCUAUGCUUCAACAUGAGUCUUUCAGAGGCUGCAGUAUUCCUCUUAGUGGGUGUACCUGCUCAAAUGUCAACUUGGUAUUAAGUUUUAAAACUGGUAAGUAUAAUUUUAAUGAUCACUUUUAGAAAAAUCAAUUCCACUUUAUAAGGCUUCUAUCUGUGCUGGGGGCGGGUGAAGGAGCAGGAAGGAAGGGGAAGGAAAAAGUAAGUCCAUGUUUUUGUUGUCUACCCUCUUUGCUUCUUUAAUGUCCUAUGGCAUGCACCUAUAGAAUAGGCUAUUUAAGUUGCAAGGGAUAUACUAUGAUCAUCUGGUUCAACUGGUUGACCACGUAAGGGCUGACCAAGUAAAAGCAUGUUGUUAAGCAUGCCUCUUCAACACUGACAGGCUUGGAGCACCGACCACCUCUCUAGGAAGCCUGUUCCAGUGUUUGACCAGCCUUUCAGUAAAGAAAUGCAUUCUAGUGCCCAGUCUAAACUUCCCCUGGUGCGGCUUUGAACCCUUCCCAGUCAUCCUGGCAUUGGGUACCGGGGACAAGAGACCAGCACCUCCCUCUCUGCUACCUCUCCUGAGGUUGCCCCUCAGUCUCCUUUUCUCCAAACGAGACAAGCCCUAUAUUUGUACAGGACGUGGAUUAGAAUAGAGCAACAAGGUCUAGAGGAAGUGUGCUGGAAAAUGAGCUGGUGAGGGAGAAAACCAGCUUGGCUGAGCAGAGAGAUCUGGGUGGAUAUCAGAAAAAAGAGGAAAGUAUAUGAGCUUUGGAAGAAGGGACAGGCAUCUCGGGAGGACUACAAGGAAGAUCGUGUAGAGAGAAAAUUAGAAGGGCUAAAGCCCAACUAGAACUUAGAUUGGCCAAUUCUGUGAAAAGAUAAUAAAAAAUCUUUCUGCAAAUAUGGCAACAAUUAAAGGAGGGCCAAGGAGAAUCUCCAUCGUUUGCUAGAUGCAGGGGGGACUUCAGUGAAACAGGAUGAGGAUAAGGCUGAGGAACUUAAUGCCGCCUUUGUCUCAGUCUUUAAUAGUAAAGUAAGAUGUUCUCUGGGUACUCACUUUUUUAAAGCAUGACAGCAGUACAUACACAACUAGCUUAUGUGCCUUGUGUUCUUUAUGUAUCCAGACAAUGUGCAUUACUAUAGGACAUUCCAUAUAAAUACCUGCAGAACUUUGGACCAGGUAAAAUUAAGGUCAGAUAAACAGAAGCAGGAUUUACAUGUCCUUGGUGUGAUAAGGCAAAUUAAGGUCAUAAAUGUCGUUUAGCUUUUUCUACGAUCUGAUCUAGGGGACCACACUGUAGCUUUGUGUUUGGGUUUUUAUGAUUGACUGAUUCCAAUAAAGACAAUAAAGAUAUAAAUAUGCCUAAAAUAGAGAAAUGAUCUAACACUGGUGGUCAAAAAGCAAAGAACCUAAAAGUCAGACAGACAAAUGAAGAACCCAUAGUAAGAAAUAGAAAAAAAAAAAGAUGUAAAAACAACAAUAAGAAAAGACUAGUUAUCUGUUGCCAGAAUGGAAUAUUACCACAGAUGCUAGUUUUCCAGAAGGCAAGGAGAAACAGAAGCCCACCGUUACCACACCACUCGUUUUCUCAUAUUAGGCAUAUAUGUUGUGCCUGAAGAGGGACGAAAAGGAUUUGCUUCUAUGCUAUGAAAUCACCAGCAUCUUUUAUGUCUUUGCACUCCCUACAUUUCGAAUAUCAACAGGAUCCUGGACCGCUAAACUGCUCAGGCUCAGUCUGGUGAAUCUAUCUUGAAUUACAAGCAGAGCCCUUACAUUGACCAGUGAGAUUUAAGAAAGGAAUAAAAACCUUUAAUUGGAAAAGCUUCUCAGCAAGUGUGUAGAAAAGAAAGUUUUCUCAGUCUUUGUACAGGACCUUGCAAGUUUUUCUCCAGAGCAAUGAGUCAGUAAUGAAAACUACAGACAUGAGGUGCAACCAGACUGAACUUGUGAGCUGGUGUUCUCCAAGAGGUAGGUUGUUAAUACUUAAGAAUAGGUGACCAGAUGAUAAGAGCAUCCGAGUCUGGCAGCUCCAAAUAUUUGCAGAUAUCAGUAAAAAAUAAAAAUGGCAGAAACUUCCUGAAACUUGUUCCUAUCAUGAGUUAACAUGAUGUUAUUCUAGCUGUACGGGUGUUGGACGUUCAUACUAUGAAUAGAGGGUGCAUGUAGUAAUGGGUUUCUUUUGCUUUUAGAGAUUGUCCACACACAUAUGCACAUGUUGAUGUACAUACACCCAAAGUGAAGACCAUGUGGAGUAGUAAAACAGGUGUGAUGUGUGCCUGUCUUGCCUUCGGUUCCUCUCAGCCAGCUGGCUGGAGCGGACUUUCCUUUACACCUUGUGUAAGCAGUGACUCACAGCUUGUUCUCUGCUUCUGUGAAAUCUUUUCCUUCUGUUUAAUUUCUUUUGUUCAAUGUUGCUUAUCCCAAUAACUUAACAGCUUUUAAAUUAAACUGCCUUGCAGGGAAUGUUUCCUUAUUAUUUGUCUGUGGUAGGUGUGCCUCUUCUUCCCAUAAAAUGUUCGGUCCAUAACAAAUUCUCAACCUUAAGCAAGAGAUGGAAGAGGACAAAACUGUUUGCUAUGUUGAUAUAUAUGCUCAGUCACGAUGAGCCCAGAAUCCUGUCAUUGCAAAAAUCCACAAAGAGCACAAAAAAGCAUUAACAUUUGAGAUACAUGGAAGAUAUGAAAGGCUUUGUAGAAGGAAAAUAAAAAGGCCUGCAGAAAAUGUCAAAUUAGGAAAAACUGAGAUCCACUGCCUAAUGUAAAUUGUGACUGUAAUUACAAUUUUUGUUCUGAUACUACACAGAUCCUCUGGAGCCGAACAGGAUACAGCAUCUGCAAUAUACUUCAAGUAAAGGA